UAUAUUGGUAUUACUGAAACAUCUCGCGGUCUUACCCUCUCACUUUCUGCCACACCUUACCCGUUUCCUAAUUUCUUCCUCCAAAACUUGGAUCUUUCAACACCCUAACCACUCAAUCCUUCAAAAAUCCCAAUCUUUCGAGCAGAUCUCUUGAUGGGAGAGGAUCUAUAGAUCUCGGCGUCGUCGGCGGAAAUGGGAGGCUUCACCGCCGAGGAUCUCUCCACGAUCGGCGGGAUCGCCACCGUCUCGCUCCUCCACUCCUUCAUCCCCACGCAUUGGCUCCCUUUCUCCAUCGUCGGCCGCGCCCAGAAGUGGACCCUCUCCAGGACUCUCCUCGUCACGGCAUUUGGAGCCGUGUUGCAUGUAAUUUCAACAUCUCUUCUUGGCAUGACUGCAAUCACCAUGGCGAACACUAUUGCUGGGGAGGAAACAGUGCACAGACUUGCUUCCCUCUUGCUCAUACUUCUUGGAGGAAGUUAUGUCCUCCUGUUUGCACUCGGAAAGGGAGGCCAUAGCCACGCCCAUAAUCAUUCCAUGGAGAAGAUGGCUGUGGCAGGGCUUAUUCUUGUACCAGCAUUGUCUCCUUGUGCAACAACACUUCCUGUCUUCCUUGCAGUUGGGAACUCAUCCUCUAUGAUGAUUCUUGCCAUCAUUGUGCUACUAUUCAGUACAACAACUGUGAUGACCUCAUUGGUAGCUCUCUCAUUCUAUGGUGCCAGCCAUAUCAAGUUUCACUGGGUGGAACGCUAUGAUAAGCUUCUUGUUGGGUCAGUGUUGUGCCUGGUUGGAAUACUAACAUUUGUUUUCCAUCAUCACGAUGGUGAGGUGCAUCCCACUGGAGAGAAUUUGCAUAGAAAAAUUAUUGGUUUAUGAUAGUUGAUUGUGCUUUGUAAUUGUCAUUAUGCUCUGUAUCAGUGAAUUUGGGGUUGUGGCAAUUUAGUCAACAAUGUGGAGAAAUCAUAUGAAAUUAAAAAAAAUCAGACGAAUGGCUGCCUUUUAUUAUGGUAUGACCACAUGUGAUUUAUAAA